AGGGUAGGAUUGUGCCUGCGCUGUUUUGCCGCUGCGGCUGAACCAAAGGACAGAAAGGCGCUGAAUGCGAUCAGUGCGGAGGCAGGGUGUCAGGUGCAAGGGCCGGGAGUGGUGCCGCCGCAGUGCCGGCGACUGUGUCAAAAUGCCGCGCUCCGCCCGGGGGCUCGCCCGUUUCCUGCCGCUGUGAGCCGGCGGCUACGCUCGCCAUGGCCAGCCUGUACCGGCGUACUGAGGCCGCCGCCGCCUCCUCCUCCCCCCACAGAUUCCUCACCUUAAAAGACGUGCGCGAAGUCAAGGAGGAGACGACCAUGGAUGAAAAGCUCUUCCUGCUGGCAUGCGAGAAAGGAGACAACUACAUGGUCAAAAAACUCCUUGAUGAGAAGUUCAGUGAGCUAAAUAUAAACUGCGUGGAUGUGCUGGGGAGGAAUGCAGUAACGAUAGCAAUUGAAAAUGAGAAUCUAGAUAUCUUAAAGCUUCUCUUGGAACGGGGUUGUCAGACUACAGACGCACUACUAGUGGCAAUCAACUCUGAGGUUGUUGGUGCUGUGGAUAUUCUUCUCAAUCAUCGUCCCAGACGGUCAUCCAAGCCAACUAUAGCAAAAUUAAUGCAGAGAAUUCAGAAUCCCGAAUACUCCACCACAAUGGACGUUGCUCCCGUGAUUCUUGCUGCUCAUCGCAACAACUAUGAGAUCCUGACUAUGCUUCUGAAACAGGACCUCUCAUUGCCGAGACCUCAUGCUGUAGGAUGUGAGUGCACCCUCUGUAAUGCAAAGAACAAGAAAGAUAGUCUACGCCACUCCAGGUUUCGCCUCGACAUCUAUCGCAGCCUGUCCAGUCCGUCACUGAUCAUGCUUACAGAGGAGGAUCCCAUCCUCAGGGCGUUUGAACUCAGUGCUGAUCUGAAGGAAUUGAGUCUGGUGGAAGUGGAGUUUAGGAAUGACUACGAAGAACUAGCACAGCAAUGUAAGACCUUUGCAAAAGAUCUCCUUGCGCAGGCCCGGAACUCCCGUGAACUAGAGGUUAUUCUAAAUCACACAUCGAGUGAUGAGCCGAUCGAUAAGAGAGGACUGCUUGAGGAGAGGAUGAACCUAAGUCGACUUAAACUUGCAAUUAAGUACAAUCAGAAAGAGUUUGUGGCUCAGUCAAAUUGCCAGCAGUUCUUGAAUACAGUCUGGUUUGGGCAGAUGGCAGGCUACAGGCGGAAGCACACCUGUAAGAAGAUUCUGACUGUUCUUUCAGUUGCCACCUUGUGGCCAGUGCUUUCCCUUUGUUAUCUGCUGGCACCAAAGUCUCGAGUAGGAAGAGUCAUUCACACUCCAUUCAUGAAGUUCAUCAUUCACAGUGCAUCAUAUUUCACAUUUCUACUGUUACUGAACUUGUACUCACUAGUGUACAAUGAAGACUUAAAAAACACAAUGGGCCCUGCAUUAGAGAUGAUUGAUUACCUCCUGAUCAUAUGGAUAAUCGGAAUGGUGUGGUCAGAUGUGAAGCGACUGUGGUAUGAUGGACUUGAAGAUUUUCUGGAAGAGUCUCGAAAUCAACUCAGUUUUGUCAUGAACUCCUUGUAUUUAGCAACGUUUGCUCUCAAAGUUGUGGCUCAUUAUAAGUUUCAUGCUAUUGCAGACCGGAAGAAUUGGGAUGCUUUUCAUCCCACUUUAGUAGCAGAGGGUCUCUUCGCUUUUGGGAAUAUCCUCAGCUCUUUGCGGCUUUUCUUCAUGUACACAGCCAGUUCCAUCCUAGGACCACUGCAGAUUUCUAUGGGGCAAAUGCUACAAGAUUUUGGGAAGUUUCUCGGAUUGUUUCUGCUUGUGCUGAUCUCGUUCACCGUUGGAUUGACUCAGUUAUAUGAUAAGGAUUUUUCAACAGUGGAAGAAGGCAAGGGCUGCAGCGGAAUUUACUGUGAGCAACAGAGCAAUAGCACAUUCCACUCCUUUGUUGGGACCUGCUACAUCCUGUUCUGGUAUAUUUUCUCCUUGGCACAUGUGGCACUGUUUGUAACAAGGUUCAGCUACACCGAUGACUUGCAGUCUUUUGUUGGGGUGCUCAUCAUCGGCACGUAUAAUGUGGUCGUUGUCAUUGUUCUAACUAAGCUCCUAGUAGCCAUGCUCCACAAAAGCUUCCAGAUGAUAGCUAACCACGAGGACAAGGAGUGGAAGUUUGCCCGCGCUAAGCUGUGGCUGAGCUACUUUGAUGAUAAGUGUACUUUGCCCCCACCGUUCAACAUCAUCCCGUCUCCAAAAACCAUUUGCUAUCUCUUCACGAGUCUCAAUAAAUGGAUCUGCUCUCAUACUAGUGCAGGAAAGGUGAAAAGACAGAACAGUCUUAAAGAAUGGAAGACCCUCAAGCAUAAGCAAGAUGAAAAUUACCAAAAAGUAAUGUGCUGCUUGGUUCAUCGUUACCUUACUGCUAUGAGACAAAAGAUGCAUAGUACAGACCAGGCCACUGAAGAGAACCUGAAUGAACUACGGCAAGACCUUUCUAAAUUUCGCAAUGAAAUGAGAGACAUUCUUGGAUUCAGGACAGCAAAGUACGCCAUGUUCUAUUCACGGAACUAACAAGUAUUCCAACAUUCAUGGGACUGGAUACUGAAGUAUGUUGCCACGUUAUUCUAAGCAUCCGACUACAUGAAAUGACUUCUUUGGCUAUAAUCAUCUUUGCCAAAUGUUUAUUAUUUAAUCAACAUCCUGCUUAAUCACUAUCCCAUAUAACACUAUUUAUGUGUGGACAUUUUUGAACAGUUCCCAUCUGUAUGGUUUGUGCCGUGUUUAAAAAGGAGCAAUGCAAUGAUAAAUAAUUUGUCAUCAGAAUCAAACUUUGAAAUGGCAGUUUAAUGUUAUGGGUGAAGUUGGCCUUUAUAAUGGCAAUUAAUAUAUUUACAAGUUUCCAUGACUCUUGUAAACUGUUCCAACAAAGGUAAGGACUCGUUUGACAUCAAGCUCACAUUUUUAUUAUGAUUGUGGACAAAGAAAAAUGCAUAUGUGUGAAAACUUUUAAUAAACCUCUUCUAUAAUGCAA